AUGGCCACGCCUGAUCCAGCCUCAACUACACCCUUUGGCGAAGAUGUCGUUCCUUACCAGCUUCAUGUGUCAAGUAAAUAUCUAAAAUUGACCGAGGAGAAGCUGGAGCUCACGCGACUGCCGCGUGAGUCCUCCGAGCCCAAGCCCAAUGUUUGGUGGGAACCAAAACCAGAGAUCGAGGCCCUCGUUGACUUCUGGCUGGAAGAAUACUCAUGGCGCGAUGAGGAGGACCGCCUGAACGCCGCCGUGCCUCAGUUCCGGACCCAAGUCCUGGUGCCGGGAUCCGGCAGCUCUGUCAGGAUUCACUUCAUUCACGUUCGCUCACCGCACUCGAACGCUGUGCCCCUCCUCCUGAUCCCCCCGUUCCCGUUCGCCAACCUCAACCUAAUCCAUCUCAUCCCAUCCUUCACAGAGCCAGAAGAUGCCAGCACGCAGCAGCCGUUCCAUCUCGUGAUCCCUUCUUUCCCGGGCCUUGGGUUCAGCGACGCUCUGCCCAGCAACACCCCGGUAAUCUCAGCAACCGCGGAGGCUUUUGAUACGGUAAUGCGCCGUCUUGGAUACAAGCAGUACGUCGCAAGCAACACGAGCGUCACGUCGAACUCGCCCUCCGAGAUCGACUGGAAGCUUGCCAACAAUCUCGCCCACAAUUUCACGGACAGCUGUUUGGGGGUCCACCUCAUCUCACCGCCUCUGGAACCUCCCCGAGCUCAGGACGCGCUCAUCAACUGGAUCAGAUGGAAGCUGUCGAGCAUCACGGGGCGACCAAGGUUGGGGUACACGAGCGAGGACAUCUCUGCGUUCCAAAAGGCCAAAUCGACGGGACGGAAGUCCCCGAAUCUCCAGUCCAUGGAUUUUGACAUCGACAAGUUCCGCGACCCCAACGUCUUGUCGUACGCUCUUUGCGACUCGCCAGUGGGGUUGCUCAUAUUUGUACUGAUGAUGCUCAAGCUUCUGGGAUCCACGAAGGAGCUCUCUCAGAGAACAGUAAUCACUCUGGCAGAGUUGAUUUGGCUCCCUGGCCCAGAGGGUACUCUCAGAUACUGGGCAAACUGCAUAUCCUCGGGUGCGGAUGAGGAGAAACCCAAGAAGCCUUCGGCGCGGAAACCAAGAGUUGGCAUCACCGUGUUCGUUGGUAUGAAUCAGGCGGCGGCCGCUCCCGUGGUAGAUCAAGGGCAUUUGAAACCGGCCGAGAGAUCUUAUGCAUGUCCUGGAUGGGCAAGCGCCAGAUACGAAGUGGUCUCGACCUUCAGGGUUUUCGCCAAGCCAGAGUUGGUAGCUUGGGACUGUCCUGAAGUGAUAUUGGAUGGGACGAGGAGCAUGAUAAAGGUUAUUCUGGCACAGGAUAAGAGGAUGCUGAGAUCUGGUCAAACUGGGGGCCAGCUGCUUCGCCCAAGUGUUGGUGGAGGAGAGUUGGGCGUGUCUGGAACAACGGCUCAAGCCAGCUCAGGGGCGGAUAUCUCUAGUACGGCCAACAAAUCCCCUACACCUCCCCAGUGA